AGGUUUGCUAAUCACGAGGAUUUACGCUUCCUGGAACAGUAAGCGUCUGCUGACAUUCCUCUUGGUGUUUCCUGUCGUUUGUUUCGUUGUCUUUUACAUCAUAUCGGAUACUCUCCUUGUCUUUAAUUCCAAAAACACACCUAAAUUAAUAUACGUUUGUGAUGCGAUAUUCGAUUUUCGUGACAAUCGCUCAUGCAGUGUGGACAGCAGAUCCGAGCGAUUGUCUUUUCCUGGGCGGCAGGAAUAACGUCUUCGGGUACGCCGCUCUGUUACUAUGAACUGGUCCUCCUCUGCUUGAUGUUGUACAUCAGAUUCAGAAAGUACAACAAUGCCGUCGGACAACUCCAAAGAACGUGUUUUAACGACUCAGCGAAAUAUAUGACGUGCAUUAUAAUCGUGUCUUCGUUCAGCAUAAUUUGACCAUAGUUACUCCGAUCACAUGGGUUUCGAUC